CUGAAAGAGCACCCAACUUUGGGUGCUAUCUUUCAGCAUCUAAUACACUGACCUUUGUCCAGUAAAGUAUGUCUGUGAUCAAGCGGGCAGGGCUGGUCCCCAUGCCGCUGAAGAUUAUACCCCGAGGCUCGAAGCAAUUAUUACCCACCAAUGAUAGGUCGGGGCACGAGCCAUGGACAAAGUGAUCACGUGCCGAUAAUCCAGCCAUCCCCAAGCUCCUUUCGGAGCUAUCUCGCCAUCUUCACAGCUCCUCAUCAAAGCUCUCUAUUCUCCAACAAUGGGUAUCAUCAGCAAGCUCUUCAAAACUGCCGUAUUUGGCGGCGCCGGCGCCGGCGCAGGUUUUGCCUACUGGACCAGAAACUCGCAAUUCGUGCCCAUCACCCAUGAUGAUCCUAUCUUCUCUUCUGCGGCCUACGCGCGCUACAACCCCAACCGCAACCCCGAAACGAUGGACCUAUGCGUGAGGAAGAUACCCCUGAACAGAAUCAAGCCCCAGCUGUUGGAGAAGGAGGGAAAGCUUGUCGAGGCCUUUUGCGCUGGUGUUUGGGGCGGUUUGGGAUACGCAUAUCAACGAUCCUACCUCUCUAAGAAGUACGAAAACGACACGACGAAGCACCAGCUGUGGUCAAGGCAAGAGCUUCAGAACAACACAUAUGACGUCGGCACCCAAAUUACAGACCAUUUCGAAGUUGUAUCCAAGACCCCGGAGUCGAUUAUCGUGCGCUGUGGAGACUCACCUCUAAAGACCGGUGUUAGAGAGUCAGAUGGACUCUUUGAGAUGGCUGCUAAGGUGAACAAAGAAGAGGGAGUUGCGGAAUUCAGGUUGAAGAGUGUGUUCUACCAAGGACUGGGAAAAGCGAAUGGACCUCCGAUGCCACCGCAUAUAGAGUUCUUGCAUAGAUUGUACACUAAGCUGUGGAUGGAGUCAGCCAUUCAGAAGGUGGUAAUGUAGGCGGUGAAGAUGGUAGAUAUGUGGGGGGCAUUGAUUCUAAGAGGUCUAUGGUCCCAUGUCUCUUGGUAUCCAUUAGACGGUGUAGACUGUUCACCUUUUUCAUUGCCGUCUAUAUUUGAACUUCAUAACAUCUUGUACAGACCUGAUCUGGAUC